UUAGCGCUGAAUAAAAAAAUUGAUCAAAAGAAAAAUUGUUAUCGACUAUUUUUUUUCGGCUAUAAAUUUUAGUCUCCGUGACGAAGGACAACAUGGACAUCAAUUUUUUUGGUAUGAAAUCAUGAAUGAUUUUAUUUUGUUAACUAAACAUCGACUAGAAUAGAAAGGAGAUGACUUACAUCAAGCAUGUAGUUAGUAAAAAAAAAAGAAGAUACAUUGACAAUGAGUUUGAUUUGGACCUCGCAUAUAUCAAGCCAAACAUAAUUGCAAUGGGCUUUCCUUCAGAAAAUCUUGAGGGUGUAUAUAGAAACAAUUAUGAUGAUGUUGUCAGGUUUCUUGAACAAAAGCAUAAAGACAAGUACAAAGUUUAUAAUCUCUGUUCAGAAAAGUAUUAUGAGCCAGAAAAGUUCAGUAGCAGAGUUUCUGUGUUUGGCUUUAAAGAUCAUUGUGCACCACCGUUUGAACUUAUUGAACAAUGUUGUGUUGAUAUGGAUAAUUGGUUGACUAAAGAUGUUGAAAAUGUUGCAAUAGUUCACUGCAAAGCUGGAAAGGGACGCACAGGCGUAAUGAUAUGUGCAUAUUUAUUAUAUAAAGGUUUCUAUGACAAUGCAAAAGAUGCAAUGGAUUAUUAUGCAGUAUCUCGAACUGAAAACAAAAAAGGUGUCACAAUACCUAGUCAAAAAAGAUACAUAGAAUACUUCAGCUACUACCUAAAACAUAUAAAAAAUCAACCGGGUAUUGGUUUUGAUAGAAAAACUGUUUUUCUCAAAUCAUUCACAUUUAUUGGAAUUCCUACAUUUAAUUAUGGAACUUGUGUACCGAGUUUUGUUGUUUUUUCGGGAGAAGUUGAGCUUUAUAAAUCCAAAACCUUCGAGAUAAAGAAAUCCGAGAAAGAAUAUACAAUGCAUUUGAAAAAUCCACUUCCGCUUUGUGGCGAUAUUAAAGUAGAUUUCUUUCACAAAGAUUUAUUUAAAAAGGAACGCAUGUUUGUUUUUUGGUUUAAUACUACUUUUUUGGAGCACGACAUAACACAAACUCUCCCAAUUACAAACGAUAAAAAUGACAACGUAAAACGCAUCUUGUUCAGUAAAAAUGAGCUUGAUAAAGCAAAUAAAGACAAAAAACACAAAUUUUUUCCUGAGAAUUUUAAGCUAUCUAUAAACAUUGCACUUCCUGAAAAUGGGAAAGAAGAUAACGAUAAAGGAUGUAAUAAUAAAGAAAAGAAAAAAUGUGAUGAUAAAUUGAAAUCUAAAAAUGAGAAAUUAAAUUCUUCAUCUACAGAUAAAUUAAAUGAACUUAGCGAUACACGAAAAGUUUUACCAACUUCCCCUGAAAAUUUUAGUAGGACAUUAUCUCCGCCUUCUAAAAAACGAGAAAUCCCUGUCUCAAACAAAGAUGACUCUCUUAAUCGUCCCUUAAGUGCAUCUUUAGACGCCCUAACUGUAGAUGAUGCACCUACAGUAGAUGAUGCACCUACAGUAGAAGAAGAACAAUUAAGUGAUGACGACGAAGACGAAGAACAGGUUACGGAGAUUUAAACACUUAAAUUUUUUUCCAACUUGUCCGUCAUAAAAUAAAAAUGACGAUGAAAUCUAUUGACAUCUUUUGAACGGCGUUGUAACCUUUUAUAAAAAGUCACAAAAGAUGGAGUUCCAAUAAACUACA